GAUAGAAGCAAACGUAACCAAAAAAUAAUAAAUAAGAUAUAAGAAGAAAAUAAGAAACCGGCGAUUUCGGAGGAGGAGAUCGCAAACCUUGCGUGUGUCUCCGCAAGGGAUUUUGGAAGAAGAAGAAGAGAUCGAAAGAUCUAAAGAAUGGAGAAGAAGAAGGUAUGGUUUUGGGGUGUGAAGGACGACGAAGAAGAUGGAGGAGGAAGAGCCAAGGACGCAGAGGAUGAAGUAGCUGACCAUUUGUCUCGAGAUGGAACCAUGAGUCAGUAUAGCCUUAGCAAAGGCCUUCUUCCUCCUCUGGGAGCCAGCGCUCGUUCCUCUCGUGAUGUCAUCCUCCGUCGCUUCAUCGUCUCUCCCUUCGAUCCUCGUUACAGAGCGUGGGAGACGUUUUUGGUGUUUUUGGUGCUCUACACAGCUUGGGCGUCGCCUUUUGAAUUUGGGUUUCUGCAAAAGCCAAGAGCACCUCUCAGUAUUCUCGAUAACAUUGUCAACGGGUUUUUCGCUGUUGAUAUUAUCUUGACGUUCUUUGUUGCCUUUUUAGACAAGGUAACUUAUCUCCUUAUCGAUGAUCCAAAGAAGAUAGCUUGGAGAUAUACGUCGACUUGGCUUGCUUUUGAUGUGGUUUCCACAUUUCCUUACGAAAGUUUCGGGAGUUUGCUUCAUGAGAGUAUUCAGGGAUAUGGGAUUUUUAGUAUGCUUCGUCUAUGGCGUCUUCGGAGGGUCAGUAAUUGUUUUGCCAGGUUAGAGAAAGAUAGGAAAUACAGCUACUUUUGGGUUCGCUGCACGAAGCUUCUCCUUGUUACUCUAUUUGUGAUUCAUUGUGGUGCUUGCUUCCUUUAUUCCAUUGCUUCACAUUAUCCAGACCCUUCCAAGACAUUUAUAGCAUUAACAGAUGAAAACUGGAAACAGUCUCCUAUUGCGGUGCGGUAUAACACGGCAAUGUAUUGGUCUAUAACUACUUUCUCCACAACAGGUUAUGGUGAUAUACAUGGUGUUAACUCAAGAGAGAUGACUUUCAUUAUUUGCUACAUGGUUUUUAAUCUUGGAUUAUCAGCAUAUAUAAUUGGUAAUAUGACCAACUUGGUGGUUCACGUAACUGGCCGCACCAGAAAAUUUAGAGAUACCAUCCAAGCGGCCUCGGGGUUUGGUCAGAGGAACAAUCUGCCAGUGCGCUUGCAAGAUCAGAUGGUAGCUCAUUUGUGUUUGAGGUACAGAACUGAUUCAGAAGGAUUACAGCAGCAAGAAAUAAUCGAAUCCCUUCCCAAAGCUAUUCGCUCCAGCAUAUCGCAUUACCUGUUCUAUGAAGUUGUUGACAAGAUCUAUUUGUUCCAUGGAAUCUCCAAUGAUCUUCUUUUCCAGUUGGUCACUGAAAUGAAAGCAGAGUAUUUUCCUCCCAAAGAAGAUGUGAUUUUGCAGAAUGAAGCACCAACAGACUUCUACAUAUUGGUCACCGGAGCUGUUAACCCGAGUCGAACGAUGUCGUUUGGGUCUCUCGUCCUUCCAUCUCCACCUUCAUCCUUUUCUGCUAAGCUCAAGCCUUUCAAUGGCUACGGAAGGCUCCAUCGUCAUCUCGUCCGAGCUUCUUCUUCUGAUGUUCCCGAUUUCCUCUCUGCUGAUUGGUUGGAGAGCCGUAGGAAACGACCGUUUGGCCCGAGACUUGAUGUAAUGACUCUCUAUUUACUGCAUCAGCUUAGANCCUCUCAUAUAGCAGCAUCAAAAGGAAGCCAUUAUUGCGUCGUUUUACUUCUUGAAAAUGGAGCAGAUCCUAACAUUAGCGAUUCAGAAGGUAAUGUACCCUUGUGGGAAGCAAUCAUAGGGAGACAUAGCGGAAUUGCUAAACUCCUUGCAGAGAACGGAGCAAAGUUAAGCUUAGACUCAGUGAGCUAUUUCGCGUGCUUAGCCGUGGAAAGAAACAGCUUAGACAUACUCAAAGACAUCAUCAACUACGGCGGCGAUGUCACACUCCCUGACGGAAACGGAACCACAGCCUUACACAGAGCAGUCUCAGAAGAACACUUGGAGAUUGUUAAGUUCUUACUAGACCAAGGUGCUGAUUUGGACAGGCCGGAUUCUUACGGGUGGACACCUCGUGGUCUUGCCGAGCAUCAAGGGCAUGAAGAUAUCAAAACCUUGUUUCAUGAUCAUAGGCCCGUGGAGAAGAAACCGAAACCUGUCCCUGGAAUACCUCAGGUUCCUGUGACAGGAAAGCCAUUGAUGAAGUAUAGUAGUGAGCCUACAAUGCAUUCAGGAGAAAUGCCUCUUGUCAGAGAAGGAGGUCAGGUUGUGGUUUCUCAGAGACGCAAACUUAAUAACUUCAGAAACUCGCUCUUCGGAUUCAUUUCAGCUGCAAAUACCGCUGAUGAUGGAGGGGAUCCUUCAAGAAGCCCAGCAGUUCCUAUAGGAGGAGGAGGAGGAGGAAGUAUGUUUUAUCCGGCUAGAGUGACCAUUAGUUCGCCGGAAAAUAACGGUGGAAAAGUGAUAUUGUUGCCGAAUUCAAUGGAAGAGCUAUUGGAAAUUGGUGAGAAAGAGAUGGGUUUCGUGCCAACUAAAGUACUUACAAGAGAAGGAGCUGAAAUUGACGACAUCACUCUUAUUAGAGAUGGUGAUUUUCUCAUUCUUUCAAGAGAUCCUUGAUUCACACGCAACUCUCUUUCGUUUUAGUUCUAUUUAAAACAAACAAGCAAAAUGGCAAUCUUAACGCAAACCAUGGUCAAGCUGAA